AAAACUUUUGACGGACGUCAAAAUACAAAACACCGCAUUUUGAAUUAAGAACAACAAAAACCGUAAAAACAUGUCGACACCAGGAAAUAAAAACCCCUAUGUGACUGGAGGGAUAAACAAAAACUUAUUAACACCCUGCAGACCCUUGGGGUUGUCGAGAAAACGUAAAACACCAGCGAGCGGUGUAAAAACACCCUUAUUGAAUUCUCCAGCUUUGAUUUCUACACCAAAAGCGGAAAAUUCGUAUACAGAAAAUGGAACACCUUUGGUUUCCACUAGGAAUAAAGUUAAUAAUGUUACUGAUAGUGGUAGUAAAGCUAAGAAGAAGAAAAUAUCCAAACGGCUUGCUAUGGAUGUUGAGAAUAAUGAAGAUGAUGUAAAUAAAGGUGUGGAGCAGAAAAUAGAUCCUGAAAGUGAUGAUGAUUUGCCCUUGGUUAAAGCAAAAACUAAAAAGGAAGAUAUGAGUAAAAACCAUGUUAAAACAACAAUAGAAACAACCAAAGAAAUUAAACCUUAUGAUAAAAACAAAAAAGAUCCUGCCAAAGCAAUAGAAACAAAACAAACUGAUGACAUACCCUUGGUUAAAGCAAAACCUAAGAAGAAGCCUGUUAAAACAAUAGAAACAACUAAAGAAAUAAAACCCAAGGUAGAUAAAACUAAAAUUUAUAAUGAAAACAAAAUAGAUAUUUUAAAACUGAAAGAAACAAAUGAAGAAAUGCAACAAAAAGAAGUUAUAAAGCCAACUUGUCAUAAUAAAACAAGUAAUAUUGUGCAAGAAAUUCAAAAUAAGUAUGAUAGUGAUGAUUUGCCAUUAAAAAUCAAAAUAAAAUUAGACAAUGAUGUUAAUAAAAUAAAAAUUAUUAAAAAUGAAAAUAUUCAAAAAAUGGACACAGAAUCUAGUAGUGAUGAUAUUCCUAUAAAUAUUAAAAGAAAAAUUAAAAAAGACAUUGAAAAAGCAUGUGUAAAUAGUGAUAGUGACAAUGAUGUUAAUAAAAUAAAAAUUAUUAAAAAUGAAAAUAUUCAAAAAAUGGACACAGAAACUAGUAGUGAUGAUAUUCCUAUAUUUAUUAAAAGAAAAAUUAAAAAAGACAUUGAAAAAGCAUGUGUAAAUAGUGAUAGUGACAAUGAAUCUUUACUAAGUAUAAAAAAACAAGAAAAAAACGUUAUAAAUAGUGAUUUAAGCCCAAAAACAGUUAAUAAACAUAAACCAAAGCCAAAAAAAUACAUAAGUAGUGAUAGUGAAGAUGAUUUUCAAGUAAACUCAAAAUCAACACAAAAAACAUACUCAAGAAUUAAAGUAAAAGCUGAUAUUCAUCAAGAAAGUAAAACUAAGUUUAAAAAAGUUGACUCUGUUGAGUCAGAUAUUCAAAAAUUACAAGAAAUUGAGAAAAAUAUGACUUGUAAAGUUCAUUUGGAAUUGUUAAGUGGUAGCCAUAUUAAAAGUUUGUUACCUGUAGGGCAAGAUAAUGUAAUAACAUCAACUCAAGUUGAUUCUGAUAAAGUACAAAGUUUUGAUAAAGUUAUUAACAAACAUAAACCACUAAUAAUUUUGCAAAAAAAUUACAAUGAAGACGAUGAUUUUGCUUGUAGCCCCAAUGACGAUAAAUUCGAUAAAGGCGACACCUUAAAAAAAAUAAAAUACCUAGAAUUAAGUAACAAAGGCAAAAAAGAAAAGUUGGCCAAACUAAAGCAAGCCGAAGUCUACAAAAAUUUGCAUAAUGUUGGGGAAUUGGAAAAUUUAACAAAAAUUUGGACAAAUGGUUGUAAGUUGGCGCUGGAAGAUUUACUAAAACAAUUGCAAGCACAUGGCCCCAUGGAUAUGCCGAUGUUAUUGAGAAAGUUAAAUAUACCUGAAAAAAUAUCCAACAAGUUUAAAUUUUCAUCUGAAAGUAAUUGAUUUGGUUUUAAUAAAGUUUAUGAAUGUUUUAUUUAAAAGUUGCUUUUUAUGCAUAAAAAAUAUUUUUUUGAAAUACCUACCUAUACCUAAUGAAAUACCUAAGUGUUAAAUUAUUAUUACCAAAUUUUAACUUCUUUGAAAAAAUUGUUAUUUUUUUAUAGGUAGGUAAAUAUCCUUUUAUAUAAAUAAUACCACAUGAUAUUUUUAGAGUUACAAGAUUUUUUAUAUUAUA